UUGAUGUGUUUCCUGAUUCUGGUGCCGUUUGCAUAGAAAUGAAAUUGGGCUUGAGUCCUGAUGGGAGUUUUUAAGGUGCAAGAGAAUGUGCAGCAGAACGCUAAGUCCCCCAUGACAUGUACCUGCUAGCUACAACACGCCUGUGCUGUUAACGCAAUGCCACUCGCUAGCUAUAUAAAACUUUCAGAUUAUCUUCAGGCAUUCUGUGAGAGAAUUUCAUGUCCUGAGGCAACCACAGUGCCAUCUGGAGCUUGCUCUUUUGCCCUCCCAUUAAAAAGUGUGAGUGAGUGAAGCAGAGAAAGGAGAUAGAAAAAGAUAGAAAGCAGUGCAGGGUGAUGAGGAGAUUUUUUCGAGUGCAGAGAGAUGAAGAUUACAGUCAGAUCCAGUAUCUUACAGCCAAGUGCAGCCGUCUGGCACAAGAGAAAGCCGCAUUGGAAAGAGAGUGUGUGCUAUCCAGAGAGCGAGUGCGGGUCCUGCAGGUAGAUUUGGAAACUGUGUGUUUGCAGCUCCAUCAGAAAGAACACACCAUCCAGGAGCUUGUUCAAAAACUCCAAUACCAACAGCGUGUUGUGAGCACAAGUGAUGCGGCACUGUUAACUGUUCACCUGGAGUCGAUAAACUCAGAACUGCAAUACCUUCAGUCCACUGAGAAGCAGUUAAUAGGCUUUGUGGAAGAGCUCCACCAGGAGACCCAGCAAGCUACCAAAAAGUCAGAGGGCCUAGAGGCGCAGCUCCAUCAGGAGGCCCAGCUCCAUGCUAAGCAUAGAGAAGAUCUGGAGAAAGAGCUCAAGAGUAAGUCACAUGACCUACAGGAGCUGCAGAAGGCCCACGAGGCAUUGCAGCAGGAGCUAAGCGAGCAGAACAGUGCCCACCAGAAGACAGUGAUGGAACUGCAGCGUGAAAAUACAGUCAGCGUACACAAACUCAAAGAGAUGGCCGAGCAGGUUGAGUGGUUGUGUGAACAACAACGCAACUGGAUAUGUUGCAUCAAAAGGUUUAAGGACUGCCUGAAUGAUGAGAAGGAGGCCCUGGUUCUGCAGGUGAACAGGUUACAGGAAGAAUUGCUGGAUCUUAGAAAGAAUACAAAAUCUGAGGCGAUCAGUAAAGAAAAUACACUGCCCAUAAUGCAUUGCAGCAGAUGGGAUGUAGAUGCUAUGCUGGAUCUGCAGGUCGAGGCAGACAAGUGGAAAGAAAGAUACCAGGAACUUUUUAGCAAAUACACAUCACACCAGGUGGAUUGUCAUGAGGAUGGAUACCUAAAACCACCUUGAUGAAGACUGACAUCAUGCACUAUAUCAAAGUGACUACUGCACAUGGGAAAAUCCCAAACUAGUGACCUUUAAUAAAACAAUUUCUGCACAUUUAUAUACACCACUUUUGUAUUUCUUUCUCCUUUGGAUAUAUGGCAUAUAUUUUCCCAGUAGGUUAAUUCCCCCAGUGUUUUAUUAUUUGACACAGAACAGAUAAAUUAGCCAAUUCACACAAUUUAACAUAACAUACUUGCAUACUUCACUACUUAACAAACUUCACACAUUUCACUUUUAUAUACUUCAUUACCUUGUCAUCACUUCAUAGCAUUAUGUGUCUCGGUGCGUUACACAAUUCAUUGUAUGCUUU